GAAAAGUCGGGGAAGCCGUUCGUUCGUUUUCUCUUCAGUCGACGACGGAAGAAUUUUAUUUUCGGAGGAGACCCCGGAGAAAUCGGCCGUCCGUGCCCACACGGAUUCUCUCCGUUUUUACUUCCUUACUGGUAGGCUACGUUCCGAAAAUUCCCUAAAGACAGCGACGGGAAAAUAGUACCCGGCCGGGGGAAGUCUUGCUUUCGUCGGUUAUCUCCCCUUUCUUAAUAUGAAAUUGUAUUUUUACCCACCGCUCUCUUCGUUAAGACGUAGACCGUGUCACGGGGUCCCUGACCUUCGGCCCGACGGGAAACCCUGCUUGCUUUGGCGCCGGACGAAGUAAAGGCUUAAAGGGGACGGCGGUGGCCCGAGCAUCGGACCACCGCUGUCCCCUCCUGGAAUUUCGGCGCCACAACUUAACGUCGGCCUCGGCCCCCGGCGGGAUCCCGUCUCGUUUGGGGUGGGAGCGAAAUCUGUCAUUUUUAAAUCCUCCGCCCGGGUUAACGAACUUUCGGACGGUCCGCUAACGUCAGGUUAAAAUUAAUGUCGGGAAAAGGAAUAAAGAUUAAAUUCCUUUUCGACCGAUCGAGGAAAUGAAAGUGCGAGAAUUACUAGGAAAUAACGAGGUUAAAAUUUCCGUAAGUAUUCUAAUUUUAGAAAUGAAAAUUAGAAUUAAAAUUUUUAUUAUCUAAAUAUAAUUUGAGUAUAUUUAAUUUUAUGUGUGAUAAAUGAACUGGAGUUGUAUUUGCUAUGCUUUAUGGUACGUACCUGUACAAUCCGUGUGUACAGUACCUACGAUCGACGUCGGGAAAAAGUUAGAAAAAAACAAAAUUAAAUUUUCUUUGAAUUAAAAAAGAGAAAGAAACGAGAAAUUUUGGCAGUUAAAAAGAAAAGAAGGCAAAGUUGUUAAAGAUUUAUUUAGAAAUAGAUAUUGUAGCUGAUGCAAGCAGGGUCACACCCUGUUCAAUUUUCACGCAUUCAUUAGGUUUGAUGUUGGUCAAAAUUCUGAGACAAACUGAAGCGCAACAGGCGGGAUUGACUUCUCUGUGACCCCAUGUCCUGCAGGGAAGACAAAUUGCAGGAGUUGAGGCGUCAGCGUCGAGAAAAGGAUUCGGAAGAAGGAGAGGAACGAGAGCCCACCGACGAAACUUCCACUUUCAUCGAAGUGUCGUCGAACGACCUGUCGAAAACACCCGAGAAAGGAAUACUGAAACACCAGGAGAAAGACAAGUGGAGCGACGAAGCUUCUCAGUCGGACAACCAAGAGGUAACGCAAUUAGUUAAUAAUAUCGACGGCGGCGACGACGGUCUGACCGAAGUGGAAAGGACACUAAAGACGUUGAACGGUUAUCACGAGGAGAUACUCGAGGCGUUGCAAACCGCCUCCUCCUAUCGUUCGGGGGAGAGCGGAUCGGCCACGCCUCAGGACGAAGGCAGGGACGAGUCUCCACCACCCAACGGCGUCCAAGACGAAGACGGCGUCCAGUCCGGCGGACCCAUUCGAAUUCGCAACCUGGAGGAUCUCCUGUGUCAACUGGAGCAGCACCCCGACCAGCAGCAGCAACAACAACAACAACAGCAGCGCCACGUCUCGCCCACCCUGUCCGAAGAGAUUCGUCUGAGCGUGCCCGAAGCCGACCGCCAGUACCUGCUGGAGAGGAAGGACAUUUCGGACAUGGCCAAGCACCACCUGGAAACGGGUCUGGGUUACUUGCUCGGACACAUCCAGCCUCCCUCCGCUAACACCAAAUCGCCGCGUUACUCCAGACACGUGACGCCGGAAGAGGAGGAAGCGGACGACAGCGCCGACGACGACGACGAAGGGAGCACCUUUUCGUCGCAUCACCUGGUGAGGAGUGCCAGCGAGGAGGCUCUGCCGGUGACGGGCAAGCCGGGCCAGCGCCAGCCGCCGGAGGCCGUCAAGCGCGACGGACGCGACUAUUUUCCCAGCCCCCCUUCGGAAGACUCGUACGCCAAUUCGUCGGAAGACAACGCUUUUAUUCCUCCGCCUUCUUCUUCCGCUCCGAGGCCCGAACGAACACAGAAGUCUCAGCCGACCACACCGACUCCUGCACAGAGCACGGCUCAUCCGGCGGGGGUCAAACGGAAAGCCAAGAAGAAGUUCCCCGAGUAUAAAGUGUAAUCGAACUCUUUUUAGAUAAUUAGCCUAGGACAAAGCAGAAACUCUUUGGUAUUUCACUAAUCUUCUCUUUUUUCUUAGUCGUCCCCUUAGCCACUUUCUACACCCGUCUGGCCAGAAACUAGUGUCCCGUUCCCGUCGUCUUCACUCUCAUCACUGGCCCGGUUUCUUCUCUCGAUCGCUCAUCGUCAUCUAAAAACAACCGUCGCGUCCGACAAAAUGUCUACCCCACCGGCCGCCUGCCUAAUUUUUCCUCCUUUCUCGCCUGCUUUCUCCUUUAAAAACUCGCGCGUGACGUUUCACCGCACCGUUUUUGUAUUUACUCGGACGCGGCCUCCUCUUAAUACGGAAAUGGCCGAGUGAAGCUUACGCAAAAGUACACUCCACUUCUUUCUUUGAAAAUUUAGCUGUUAAAUAUGCAAGUUUUCUUGCGCCUUUCCCGUUGGGAAUGCCCAAACCAAAAUUCGAUUUUUCCUAAACGUUUUCUAAUUUUUAUUAUGUAAAAAAAGGCAGAGAAAAAAGUCUGGGUUCGGAGUGGAAUUUUCUAAAACUUCUAUUCGUUUACCGAAAAAAAUAAAGCGUUACACACCUGAAGAACAGCUCAAAAAUUAGCCGACGUCUAUUAAGUAAAAAAAAUCCCAGAUUCUACGGCUUAAAAAGGCAAACUUUUGAAUUUAACAGGUAGAAAAUCGGUUUCCGUUUUACCAAAUUAUCAAAUUAGGGGUUGUCUUUUAUUAUUUUCCGUAAAAUUUAGCAUUUUAAGUGUAAUUUUUACCUAAAAUGUUGCGUGUAAAUGCAAUAAAAAUAGGUGCGAGUGAACGGCCGAGUGCGAGAGAUUAAGCAGUAUUAGUGCGAGAUGUCCGUUUAGACGGUGGAUAAAAGGGUCCCGGUAGAAUUUACCGUCUUCCACUGCCCGUUUACGUGCAUACUUACCGACUACGGAAGUUCGUUCUCUACUCAUUUUACGCGUAACUUAAGAUCGACCCGUUUACAUUCCGUUACCCGCUACCUUUUUAACACUUACUCCUUCGAUUAAAUCGCUGUGAUAGUUCUAGAUAAAAUAUUUUAAAAGAAGUGUAAAUAGGUGAACGUGUAAAUAUACGAACAAGUCGAACCUUCCACGCUCGGUGUCCAGAAGAUCCCGGUUUGGUCGACAUAGAAGAAAAUACCGGCGGAACGGAAGUAUUUGUAGCUUACACAUGUAAUAAAAGGGUAUCAAUCGAUAUUUUAUUCUCGCCGGCCAAGGGGUAGACGGAAAAUUCCAAAGAACUUCCUCCGGUUAAACCUACCGAAUUUUGUUGGUAAAUCGGCCAAGACGAAUUUAAAAUACGCCCGUAGACCCGCCGAUUUAGUCUUUUUAAGUUUUCCUCACUCCAGAAAGAAGGAAACAUCCUUUCUCGUAUUACAUCGCGCCAUUAUAUUAAUACUGGAUCGGACCGGAAUUUAGUGUCCGAAAUGCCGAAAAUCCAGAAAACCGUACGGUUGCGGCCGUUUAAAAAAGAAGCGAAAAAAUCCUCCCAGGGCCCGUAUACCCGAAUCCCAAAACCACUACAGUGUUUGUUGUUAGUGUUACAACGUUUAAACUACGCCUUCCGGUUCCGGAACAGAUCAAAGCUAGAAAAGACGGCCGUCGGAAGAGUUACGUAUAAAACGAAGGACGAUAUAUCGAUUGAUACCCAUGGAAGCGUGGGAGACGGACAGAAAAAAGCCGCGGGUUCGACUCCUAUAAAUGUCAAUUAUGUCGUGUUACGAGGAAAAUAUAGAGAAGUCUAUAUACAGUAUAUAUACAUAUAUAUAUACAUAUAUAUAUGCAAGAAUACCAAGCUGUUCCAUUUGAUAAUUGUUAUCAUAUCGUUUUGUUUCAUUUAGAAGGAAGAGAAACGUGUAGAACCAAUCUCUUUUUGUACUUUUAUUAGAUGAUCUAACAUCAAAAAAAAAAACUUUUCUCACCUCCUCCAAUCGACAUAAUAUAAACAUAUAUAAUAUACCUAUAUACAGUAUUUCCAAAGUUCUGAAUUUUCAUAAAAAUUAGUCAUUGUAGAUAAUUAAACCACGACGAGAAAAAAAAUCAUGUUAAAAAGUCUUGGCUUUGAAUAAAGUUCAAUUUAUGAU